UCAUUUUGCAAUGUGUAAACCACCAGCCAUUUAGAAACACUUUGUUGUGUUGUGCUUCCUUUUCUCUGCUCUUGAACCAUUAAAAUGUGAACUUAAAAACGAGAACCUGGUUAGAACAAGAAACGAUAUCGAACAGUAAAAUCUCUGGAUGUAAUUUCUGCAAGCAACAGUCAAAUCACAACAAAAAAUCCACAUACUUUUGGGGCAUCUUAAGUACCAACAAAUUUAUAAGCGCUUAUCAGCACUGAUGCAACUAUGGACUCCAGAGCCAUUGUGCUUGUUUUCUUCUACGGGCAGCUGUGGUGGAGCGUAUCAACUACACUUCCAAUCACUACCACUGCAGUAGUUGGCACUGGUGGAAAAAACCCCAUACAUUCAUACGAAACAAGCGAACCUGGAGACCCUGUGAAAUUCAACCAGCAAACACCCACCACACAGCCCCAGGUUCCUGCAGCAGAAGAUCCCAAACCUCACGAUGGUGGACACUUUAUAGCAGCGGUAGUAAUUGGGGUCAUCCUGGCUGUCAUGAUCGUAAUUAUUGUUGGCAUCUUCCUAUGGAGGCGAUGGAGAAGGUCUGCUACACCUGUCCCGCACUGGGCAGGCCGUUCCCCAUUUGCGGAUGGAGAAGUACCAGAUACGACUGCGGAUAAAGAACCUAUUCAAGACACGAGGCGGACUUCAGUUCUCUCCUUCUUGCCUUGGAAAUUCAACAAGGAUACGCAGCUAUUGGAAAAUGCGCAGGGACAGUUGUCUGAAUCAAGCCAAGGCCCGGAUGUUCCCCCUAUAUGUGGGGCUGAAGAGAGUGGCAUGCAGUCAAGCUCCACAGCAACAGCUUCUUCUGCAAGCAUGCAAACUGCCAUUUCUGAAGAACCAUGCAGCUUGAUAGAUGUUCCACUCCAGUCUGAUAGUCCAGAGCCACUUGAUUUGCCUCCACCGCCAAACUGGCUUGAUGGAGCUAAUGAGGAUCUCUGUCCAAAGCAGACAGAGUCCCUCUCACUUGAACCAAUUGCAGAGAUCCAGGGUUCUGGAUCCCUAGUUCUCUCGCAUCAAAUUCCAAGCGAAGAACUACUACUACCACCUCCUCCAGAAGACUUGUUAUCUAACUGAUUUAAAGGAGGAAAAUGUUUAGGGAAUCAAACCAAUCAAAGAAAAAGUCCGAAAACCUAUCAAAUGCUGUUAGCUCUAGUUUUUUUGUGAGCAAAAGGGAACGCCAUUGCCUUUUUUCACAUAAGAACUCAAGAGCAACGGUCCGGCUGCUUCUAGUGUAUCAACAUUCCCCACUGUGAUCAACCAGAAGCUUCCAGAAAGUUAACAAGCUGUGCAUGAAGGAAACAACUGGCUUUCAGAGGUACACAACCUUUGCAAAUGGGAUGCAGUGAUAAAACAUUUCCUCCAUGAGCUUCUGCUCCUUUUUAUUCACCCUCAUUUGGGCAGCAGUUGAUCGCAUCAGAAUACCUUUCCAUUUGUUUGUACCCUUUACGAACCCAUGGCAUCCUUUUUAUCUGUGAUUCUACUACAUUGGUCUUACAUAAUCUCCAAGUGUCCGGAAGAGAUCUGAACCUUCUGGCACUUCCUUUGCAGCUUCCUUUUAAGCAAUGCCUUCUCUUUUAAGAAUACGUCUUUUUGACACUGAAAAUGCGACCUUGCUGGACUUCCUGGGAACCACUUGCAUUUAUGUUGAAUUUUACAGCACUAUGGUCACUGUUUCCAAGCCGAUCAACAACAUCUGCAUCUUGCCCUGGUUCCUGGGCACCACUAAGUAUUAAGCCUCCUUUCCAACAGGCUCUUUUAUAACUUGUUAAAUAAUAGCAUUUUCCCCCCGUCUACAAAUUUUGCCUUUUUUAAAUCUAAAGCCACCACCUCACCCCACCCCAAUUUUUGUUUGCUAUUGUUAUCAACCCAAAGCAAAUUUCAUCAGAACUCAUGAUUGCAGGUUCAGACCUAUCAUAUGCAACAGAAGCACUUUUGCACCCACGUCACUGCAGUACUAUAGAGAAGUAACCACAACAUGGCUAUACAAAAUGAAACACAGGAACCCAUUGAGCACAUCUUUAGUGCCAACCAAUUUGACGCAGGUGAGGCAGCAGUUCCACCGAGCUCCAAAAGCUCAGAGGGUUCAGCAGGUACAGUAAGCCCCAGGGGAUUAUGGGGUGGGAACUCUGGGGAAAGGAACAUAGCUCAGUGGUAGCAUCUGCUCCACAUGGAGAAGGUCCCAUGUUCAAUCCCUGCCUGAACUCCUGGAGAGCCACUGUCAGUCAGUGUGGACAGUACUGAGCUAGAUGAGCAAGUGUUUGACCCAGCAUAAGGCAGCGCCCUAUGUUGCAGAAGAUAUGGUGGGAGACAGAGUUUUGGUGCUGGGGCUCAAAGGGAGG